GUUUUUUUUCAGUGCAUCUUCUUCUUUGCUUGUGCCUUCCGUUUUCCACCACAAAGUGUUCAUCAAAGUUAGCUUGGCAAGACAGGUGUAUGCAAGUGCGUGCUCUUCCAUGCGUAACUAUUUACCUCUAGACAUUUUCAGUAAAGUACGAUCAGCUGAAAGACCUGGAAGCACAAAUAGUGUUUCAAGAAACAGAAAGUGUAAAAAAUAUAAAUAUUAAUAAAUAAGUAAUUAAAAAGUUAUAAACAUUCUCCUAUCUUUAAGACAAAAUAUAAAAGUGUUUUUUGUUAAGUUCAAAAUUGUUGUGUUUUAAAAAUAAUCGAAAUUCAAGUAAAAGUAAAUUGUGUGUGAUUUCGAAAUCGCUGAUGCGUGGCUAUUUAGUUGUUGCGAAAACAGUAAAGUACCUCAAAGAAAAUGAUUAAAUCUGCUAAGCAGAAGGCUUGCAUCGAAAUGACGGGAUCAAAGUUGAAAAUAAGAACAAACACUCUAGAACAGUCGAAUGUCAAGGAGUUAAAUUCAAAUGAAAAGAAAAUAGGCUGCGACGAAACUCAGCUUGGGGGAAAUAUAUUAAUCGGAAAUUAUGAUUUUUUAAAAGAAUUGGAAAUCACUGAUAAUGGCAUGGAUAUACUUGAUUUGAGCUCUUUGGCACAACUUGAGACCCUCAUUUGCAAUCAUAACAAAUUGAAGGAAUUGAUAAUGAAUGGAAAAAGUUUAAAAACAUUAACGGCCAGAUACAACAAGCUCGUUACAAUAAAAACGCUUUCUGCGCCUACUCAGCUCGGAAAUAUUGACAUUUCGUAUAAUGAUUUUGAGGAACUACCGGAUUGGUUGGGCGCAUGUUGUAACUUAGAGAAUUUAUAUGUCGAACACAAUCGUCUCUGGACCAUUGAUAAUAUAUUCGCUACAGACGGAUUUCGCAAAUUGCAUACAUUCAGUUUGGCCUACAAUCAGCUAACAACCUUGAAUGUUUCAACACUAAUUUUCGGCGCUGUUGCACAUUUAUACCUGCACUGCAAUAAAUUGCAAAAGCUACCAGACAACUUCUUUGCAAUUACACAUAAAACACUGAGGUUGCUAAAUGUCUCGUGUAAUAACCUGUGUGCGGUUGGAGAUAAUCAAGAGACCAAGGAUAACUGGUGCUUGGAAGAGUUAUAUCUAUCGAAUAAUAAUCUAAAUGAAAAUAUAUUCUCCACCUUUGUGGGUGCGAGACAGUUACGCAUCAUACACGCCGCUUAUAAUAAUAUACGUGAACUACCUGAAAAUAUUAUACGAAAUUGGAAUGACUUAGAGGUGCUCGUGUUAUCGGGGAAUAAGCUACAAAAUCUACCGGAAAAUAUUUGCGUGCUUACGAAAUUGGAAGUUUUGCGUUUACAUUCGAAUCUGCUACACACAACGCCAAGUCUUACGAAAUUAGCGAAUUUGAAAGUUUUAGAUUUGGCACAUAAUCAUUUGGAUCACGUAAAUCUCUUGAGUAUUAUGCCAAAGAAUAUAAAAUACUUGGAUCUGUCAUGCAACCUACAAUUACAAUUCGAUGAGCGACAAGUGCAGAUGUGUCAGUCUUUGAAGAAAAUGAGUUUAGUGGAUGUGAGCGGUAAAAAUCGCGCUUGUUUGCCAACAAACAAAUUGGCUGAAAUGAAAGAUAGUAAUGUCUUGCGACAACCCUGGACGACCGGAUUUACCGAGACGACUGGUAAAUGUCGAAAACUGUUAGUUAAACAAAUACGUCUUUGUAAUUUUGCAGAAGAUGAAGGCCUUUUCGGUAUGCUCGAAUCGGCCACUUUGGGUGCGCUCAACACGGCAUUCGUUAAUUUAGUGCCACAAAUAUUAUUACACGAGCGUAGUGUCAAAGAAACAGCUAAAGAAUAUAUGAAAUAUACAUUAUUGUCGGUCUAUCAGCGCUUAGCAAAUGAGAAAGGCUGUGAAGAUCUACAUAUUGCGCUGUGCCACAUCGCAAAAGAGAACGCAGGCUUCAAAGAUUAUAUGAGGCCAAAGCGUAGUAAACGUUUCAUUUUACGCGUUGCCAGUAUUGGUAAUAUUGAGGCGCAUCUUGUGCGCAAAACGUCAACAAUUUGUCUGACAAGUGACAGUUCCAAUGCGACGUUGACGCAAGCUAAUAAUUUUAAGGACUCAGCAAAUGCGCUUAUUACUGAUCCCACAAUACACGAAACAUUUUUAAGCAACGACGAUGAGUUCUUAGUGAUCUGUAAUGCGAACAUUUGGCGUGUUAUGGAUAUCGAACGCGUCACACAGGAGAUACGUCGUGAAGAGAAUAUAGUUUUAGCUGCCAAACGCUUACAAGAUAUUGCACAAAGUUUUGGCGCAAAUGAGAAUCUGAGCAUUAUAAUUGUACGUUUCAGAUAUAUUGGCACCGAUGUGGAUGAUCUUUUGAAAGAGCUAAAGCAAACGGUACGCAAGAAUCCCAUCACACAAAAUAUGAAUUGCGAUGAUAAGCACUCAAUCGGUAGUCAACGUUUAAUUGGUCGCUGUUCGCCGCGUCAGGUCUUAAUGGGCGCAGUGCUGAAAAGUGAUCGCUCCUCGCCAAGUGGCCAAAGCGAUCAAGUACAAAAUUUUCUCAAUAAAGGUGUACACGGCGAAGAGUAUGCCUUUGCAACCGAACAUGUACUUGAAGAGGACGAUGAUGAAUUGGAAAUUUUACAUGAAACCGAUUCAGUGCUGUCAGAAGAACAAUUCAAAUGUUGGGAAUAUAUGUUGGAACAAAAUACACAACUACUCUUCGACAAAGAACUCAAUACAAUAUCCAAAUCGAUAACGAAAAGUCAUAAUAAUGAGUUACCGGCGGAACUUAAUAUCAGUCUGGAUAAAAGUGAAUACAAAGAAAGUAAUUUAAUAAAAAGUUUUGGUAAUCGCUUUAUAUCGCAUAGUUCGCCGCAGUUGUUGUACAGUGAAAUUAAAAAACCCUUAACAACAUUUGCACACAAACAUCAGGAGAAACGUCAGCAGCAGCGUCAACAACAGCAACAACAACAACAGAAACAUCAACAGCAAGUAUCCUUCCUGUCAAAACAUUUCGGCAGCUGUCGUUCAUUUCAAACGCAAUCUCGUUAUAACCUCUUCGAAUCGAAAAGUCAAAAUUCGGUUAAUGUUGGCCUCAGCUCGAAGUGGAGUGGUGGCCCGAAUGCUGCCUAUUUCGGUUCAUUACAACGUCUAAUGCCAUAUAAUUUGGAAUAUGAUUUCACAGUUACACAAGAUCGUACAGCGUUCAACGAGGAAGAUGAUGAGUACGAUGAACAGGAGGAUCGCAUGAAAAAAUAUUGGGGCAUAGCGACUACAGAGCUCUAGAUGUACAUAUAAUAUCUAUGUAUAUGCAUUAAGGUGUCCGUUAUUUCCCUUAAGGACCUUUUUGUAGCGCAGAAAAUUUUAUAUUAAAAUAUAAUUUUAUCAAAGUUCUAUGUUUACUUGCUUGCUGCAAAAUAUCAAAAAAUUCCAUGUUAUAUACAUGGGAAAUGAAACAUAAUUCAGGCGCAAAUUAAAUUGAAAAUAAGAACUUAUUUCGGUUAAAUAAUUGUUAAUGGUAAAAACUGAAACUUCUGGGGCGUCUGCAAAGAAAUAAUCUUGGGAAAUAACGGGCACCCUAAUACACAAAGAGUGUGUUCGCCACAUUUGAUUGCUGGUUAGAUUGAUGAAAAAAUGUUUGAAAAGAGUUGCCAUAAGAAAAUUCAAAAGUUAAGUCUAACUCUAUUUGAGUAAUAUCCGGUGCAUAUUUUUAAAUUUAAAAUAACAAUUUUGAAAAAUGCUUAUGCCACAGUUUAUAUUGACAUAUUAUUGACAUAUACUAAUAUUUUCAACUUAAUCACUUAACUGGAAAUUCAUUCCAAUUUCGAUAUAAAGUUCACCUCCCAGACGAUGUUAAAAUUGUUUUUUUUUUUUACUCCAGUACAUAAUUAAGUAAAAGUUUUAAUGAAUCUCUAAAAAUACGAUAUUCUGAUCAUAAGUUGAUAAUAUUAUGACCUGUUGUUACCAAUUAUAGAUGAACUAGGAUUAUUUUUUAUUGAGUAUCCAUUCAUUAAAAAAUAUAUUAAAAAUAAAAAUUGAAUAUUUUAUAAAUACGCGAAACUGAAAAGCCUUAAAUUGAGUUUUGGACCUUAUACAUACAUCAAUUAAAAUAAAAAUAUUAAAGUUUAUCGAGUGACGUUUAUUCAAAAAAUAAUGAAUUUUUGAUGAUUUGAAUGUUAAAUCACAUUGAUCAGUUUUGAAAUCGAAGAUAACUAAAUGCAACUUUUGCGUCACGUUUUAUUUUUAAUCCAGCUUACACUCAAAAUCAAACUUGACUAAGACUGGUCCAUUUUAACUGUGAAGUCUCUAUAUGUCAAUUAGUGUGUGUUUGCCACCUGUUAGUUUGCAACGUGAAACGUUUGUCUGGCAAUUUUUACGAUGGUAAACAAAUUGAGCAAUGAGUUUGCUUGAAAUGUGUUCCAACCAUUUUGGUUAAUGUUUUUGGUCUGAUUUUCGACUUAUUGGGUUAUGAGAUGCCAAGUGAGGAAUGGUGAUUGUUUAAAAAUUUGUUUGCUUGUUAUUUUCGUUACAUUUCCAAUAAUUUUUUAAAAACAUUAAGAGAAAUUUGAGAUGAUAUUUGCUUAAAGUUUUUAAAUUUUGAUUGUUUUAGAAUUUCAAAAAUUAUUUGAGUUUUUUUGUUAGCUUUCGAAAUUUAUUAUGUAAAUAAAUAUUUUAAGGGAAAUCGAAAUGUUUGUCAUUUAAUACUAAAUAUUAAGAAUAAGAAUAGAUAAACUGUAGAUUUAUGUGCAAAAAUUAUUAUUUAUCGUAUAUAUAAAUUGUAAUUUAAAAAAUACCAUAUUUAAACUAUAAAUAAAUUUUCAGUUACAUAAUCAUAACAAUUGUUUAACAAUUUUAAAACUUUUAAAUAUGUAAAAUAAAUGUAAGCGGCUUUACAAAAUAUAAAAAAAAAUUUUAACCUUAUCACAAUACUCAUGUAUAAUUUGUGACCUAGUUCGAAAAUCAUCAAAACUAUUUUCGUUUUCGAAAUACUAUCAAAUAACGGUUCUUUUCUAGGGAAAAAGAUUAUUUCUGAAAAAUCUGCUCAUCAAUUGAAAUAAAUGAUACAACAAAUUAAGGCUAAAAAUUCCCCAAUUAUAUAUACAGUUUGUGUUAAUUAUUUAUGGUUAUUAGAAAAAGGUUUAUUUUGUUUAAUAAUGUUGAAGAUUUUUUACUUAGAAGUAGUAAUAUAUUUUAAUAUGUAUUUUGAAACCGUUCUUUCUCUUCGCAAAACUCGAAAUGCGCCUGUCAAUUUGUAUGAGAGCUGAUAUACAAACUAUAGUGGUCCGAUAUCGGGAAACCGACAAAUCCCACGUUUCCUUCUGUACACACUACAAACUUCAUGGCAAAUGUCAAUAUACACAUACUUUUCGAAAUCACAGUUCUCGUAAAUAG